AUGUGGUUAUUGACGUCAAGCGUUGUUUUGUUAUUUAAAAAGGGUUAAUUUUAAUGUUCUGUGCCUUUUAAUUUGCAUAGCAGUCACCAAUAAUCAUUAAAUUACAUAAACUGUUGCCCUAAAAAUAAGUGCCUGAGUUUUCUGUGUAUCUAAAAAGUACAGUAUUCCUAGCAGCUUUCUAACCUUAACUUCCAAAACACUACAAGUUUUAGAAACAGAAUUUCAAAAUGCUGCAGACGUCUACGCCAGUAUGCGUUCGAACUCCAGAACGGAAUAAAUUACGAAAAAGUGUGCUGUUAAGGGAUGUUACGAACGUCGGAUCUCCAAUGCGACGAUUGAGCAACUUGGCUCAUUCCGUUUCUCAUAUCGCAGUCGAUGACGAUCUCGAGAGAUCCAGUCGUCGCAAUGAAGCAGAUAUUCAAAAACGUGUCUCCAACAUUGGAGUUCAGCAAUCGCCGAUGCCGACUAACGAGAACGAAAUUCGUGACCACUUCCAGAUAUGCCUGAAGAUGUAUGCUGAAAAUAAAAUUAGCAGUAAGAACGCGUGGAGUUUGAAAAUAAUCGACUACAUGCGUGCCGUGUUUUCGUCUAAGGAACAAGCGAAAGCGUCCUUGCAGGUAGCGGGCACCUCGCUCGACGUGGGUACAAAAAUCUAUGGAAUUCGAGUUGACGACAUUCAUUCUGAUGGGCUGAAACUUGCUAGCAAUAUGGCGCGAGUUAAUCCAGAGCAUGACGACGAUAACGAGGACCGAUCAAGUGGAGAUGAAAACAAGGAGGGCGAACGUCCGAAAAAGAAAAAAAGGCCAAAACGGUUACUAACUGACCCAAAAAUAACCGUUGCCAAAGAUCCGACGUCGUUACUGAGCGAUGUCUCCAAGCUGGAAUCGGUGUUCUUCCAAACGCGGUUGGACCUCGAGGCCAGUUCCACCGAUAACUUAUUUACUAACAAACUUCCAAUGCACCUCAGCGGUCACAAAUUUAUGCUGCUGAGUGAUGAGAGGUCGUGGCCGUCUUGCGACGGUAGCGCCGACUUUACGAUCGACAAGUUUCCGAUGGAGUUGGCGAUUCCAUCAAAGCUGGACAUAUGCGCGCAGUUUACGAAUUUCGAAAUUGACGAGUGGGAUCCCGAAAACGAGAACGAACUUCUCAACUACGAACGCACGGUGACCGAGGACGUGGUUUAUGACGCGGAAGGUAUUCCAAUUCCGGAACUCGACGGUUCGGUUCAUGACCUCUUCGCGAACGCAGAACCGGAAAACAAUUAUGCCAGCACAGACGAAGAGGAAAUCAACGGUAUCGGGCAGAUAGCGCUGCAAAAUAAGACUGUCGCUCAGAUUGUGAACUUCCAACCGGGAGAUAACGAUAAUGAGUUGUAUGCCGAUGAUUAUUCUUAUUCGGCUACAAUUAAGUUGAUGGGCAAUAAACGUAUCACCCAGGUUUGGGCCGGGCCGAGUCAUUGGAAAUUGAAGCACAUUCGACCCAACAUGAGUCGAUUUUCGGGACAACAAGAAAAGCAAGUAGCGAAAUCCGUUAAAAAAGUUAAAAUACAACCGAGUUUUAUCGAUUUUUUAAAUGGAGUAUCAAGUUUGGACAAGACGAAGUUGUACAAAUGCAAACGACGAGCAACCGAUGAGAGUGCGUACAAAUGCACACUACCUCAGAUAUUUACAAAUUUCAAUUACAAAAACUCAUCAUUUAUGCUGAAACCUUUACAAAUUACAAAUAACAUUUCCACACAAAAAGUGCAACAAGAGACCAUAAUUGACAACGAAGUGCAACCUUACCACUACGACAAUCCAAAUGACUCACAGUACUGCUCACAAAAUGGUGCGGGUGGUGAUGAUGACGCUGACUAUGAUGUGAUGCACGAGGAGGAACUACCGCCGGCCGCACAUCAGAACUGUCACGGCGAGAAUCUUAUUGACGCACCCGAAUUGAUACCCAAAAUUUACGUUCCGUACGCGCUGCAAGCGAAGAAAAUGGAUAUGAGAAAAUUAAAAACCGCAGUUUGGAAAAAUCUGGUCAGCAAAACAUCAAACGAAAAUAUUCCAGAUGAUGAUAUGUACAAGAGGGAGGUUUUGCAUUCAACGUUCUCCAAUUUGUAUACUCAUCUGCCUGACCGAAUUAAUGAAAAAAUGCGGCAAGAAUUGAGUUGUCCUCUCGCGUUUGUCGCGUUGCUACAUCUUGCUAAUGAGCAGAAUCUCCAAUUUCAAGGACAGCUCGAUCUUACAGAUUUUUUGAUAAGACAGUGCAAAGUGUUUGAAAAGUUAUGAAACUUCUAACUUUAAGAUGGAAACGAAUGGAAAUAAUAGUGCAUUGAAUAAUUUUAUAAUUUGUAUAUAUACAUUUAAUACAAGAUUUUUAUAUAUCUGCAAUUUGG